AUGGGACGGCGCGUAGUGCGCGCCGUGGCACAGUCGUCUUUCACGCGUCGAUCCGUGCACAAUGAGCCCGACUUGCUACGGCUUGGCGGUGUGGAGGCGCGCCGCAACCCGGCUGCAGGCCAAACCCGCUUGCCUGUGCGCUUCUUGCCAGCACCUCCAGCGCAGAGCCCCGCGUUUCUCCGCCAUCUUCGUUGGAUGCUACAAAAGGAUAUCCUGCGCCAAGAUAUGUUUUUGAUUGGCCCGCCAGGCGCAGCACGACGGCGCCUAGCCCUAGCCUUUUGUGAAGCUCUUCAUCGCGAGGUCGAAUACGUGGCGCUCACGCGCGACACGACUGAAAACGAUCUUAAGCAACGCAAGGAGCUGCGCGGCAACGCUGUGGUGUACGAAGAUCAGUGCGCCGUUCGUGCAGCUCGACAUGGUCGCGUCCUUGUCCUCGACGGUAUCGAAAAAGCGGAGCGUAACCUGCUACCUUUGCUCAACAAUCUCUUGGAAAACCGCGAGAUGCACUUGGAGGAUGGCACCUUCCUUGUUUCUCCCGAGCGCUACAAGGUCCUGCAGGGCAGCAUGUCAGAGGCACGUGCAAAUGCAUACCAAAAUUCACUCAUCCCAGUGCACGAAGAUUUCCGCGUCAUUGCUCUCGGUCUUCCAUCGCCCCCCUACCCUGGCCACCCUCUCGACCCGCCCCUACGAUCUCGCUUUCAAGCUCGAUGGAUUGAUGGACUGGCCGACGAGCACUUGCGGCAAAAGUUGGCCCAGUUUCCACGUGCUAAAGCUCUCUCUGUGCCUGUACCAUUUCUCAACAGUGACACCAAGUUGCAGCGCGCUAGUACAAGUGGACUCCAGUUGCCUGUGGCUGCCGAUACAGCCCAUCUCCGGCUUGCUGAAGCAGCUCGACUCUUGGGCUCUGAUUUCGAUCCUCAUGCCGCUUUGCUGCACGCGCUGCCCUAUUCGCUGAUGACAUCACCCGCUGGAGCUGCUUUAUUGCGUGAUGGACUACAAAGCUUUCACGUUACCCCGAUCCAAAAGCUUCGGGCAGAGCUCAUCCACUCCCCCAAUCAAGUCACAAUAUUGCGCACGGCACAUGCAGAAGUUGCUUUGUCGUCUGGCUCAGGCCCCGCUCUCGAAUCACAUCGCCCUGCAUUCACAAGCUUACCCGCGCAUGAAGACCUUCUUCAAGAGAUGUUCUUGUCCCAUGCCACAGGAGACCUGUGUCUCGUUGGUCCAAGCGGCUGCGGCAAAAGCAUGGUGGCUGAAGAGUUCUGUCGCCGCCUCGCUAUUCCCUUUGAUGAACUCUUGCUGCACAAGGAAUUGACGCUUCGCGAGCUACUGCAAACUCGCACAACCGACCAGGCUGGCAAUUCCUGUUGGCAAGAUGCCAAACUAGUUCAAGCUGUGAAAAAUGGCCGGGUCGUCCUGAUGGAUGGCAUUCAUCGCCUGCAUCCCUCGGUGCUGGGUGCCCUGCAGUCAUUGAUUCAUGAUCGUGAUUUUCACUUGCCCAGUGGUACCCAUCUCAUGAGCCGGGAGCGCUGGGAGGCCUUGGCUGAGCUUACAGGCCUCGAUCCGGCCAGCCCCACUUUGCACGGGGUUGAACUGAUACAUCCGAGUUUUCGUAUCGUUGCGUUGGCUGAGCCAGACAUCAAGGGUGCUGCAGGCAAGAACUGGAUUACAGAAGAGAUCGCCUCCCUCUUCGAAUGGCAUAUCUGCCAGCCCUUGUGCAAGGAGGAUCAGCUAGCCUUGCUAGGCAAUACCGACCCCGAGGCAGCCGUCCGCAUUCAUGGUGCCAUGCAGCGAUUGCAUGAUGGUGCAGGGGAUGGUGUUUUGGCAUCAUCGCUCAAAUUUUCGACCCGAAUGAUGCUGCGCAUUGCCCACCGUGUUGCUCUUUUUGAUGGCGUGGACCUUCGUCGCGAAGUAUGGCUGAUUGAGCGUUUGACCCUGGCCAAGUACUUGCCCAGUGUGGUGCGCGAUGAAUUGCAGCGACUUUUGCCUCCUGCCAUCUCCUGGGUGCCCAUUGGUAGCUCUGAUUUACAGUUGGAUGUCCCAACCCUCGAGGUUACGGAUGCUGCCGUGCGGAUUGGUGAUGUGUCCUUGCCCAUCAAAAAGGAUGGUGACACCUCGCGUGUGCCCCAUACGGUCUUCUAUCCAAAUGAAUCACACCUUCGAGUGAUGAAUGAAAUCAUGAAGGAUUUGAUUUCCGGUGAACCCACGCUACUUAUUGGCAAUCAGGGCGUCGGCAAGAACAAAAUUGUCGAUGGCUUGCUUCAGCUUUUGCAGCGACCCCGGGAAUAUCUGCAAUUACACCGAGACUCUACCGUUGAAUCUUUGAGCCAGACGCCGACGAUUGAGAACGGCCAACUUGUGUAUGAGGAUUCACCACUCAUUCGAGCUGUGCGAGAGGGCAGCGUGUUGGUGAUCGAUGAAGCUGACAAGGCAUCAACCGACGUCACUGGCACGCUGAAGACUUUUGUUGAAACUGGUCUUUUUCACCUGCCCGACGGGCGCAUGAUUGUACCUCAUGGAACAGCUGCUUCAGACGCCCAAGCCAAUGAGAUACGCACCCAUCCCGACUUUCGCCUCAUCGUCCUAGCAAAUCGACCAGGCUAUCCGUUUUUGGGCAACGACUUUUUCAGCACACUAGGUGACUUGUUCAGCUGCCACGCCGUCGAGAACCCGGGCCGGGAAGCUGAACUUAAAAUGUUGCAGGCCUAUGCACCAGCCGUCGAUGCCUCGGUUCUUGAGAAGCUAGCUUCAGCGUUUGCUGAGCUGCGACAAAUGUCUGAAACAGGACAAUUGGACUAUCCCUUCAGCCUUCGCGAGCUUGUGAGCAUUGCCCGUCACAUUAAUGCUUUCCCUGAGGAUGGCGUCGAGGGUGCCAUCAACAACGUUCUUGACUUUGACAGCAAGUCGAUUGAAAAGCGCAACAAGGUUGUUGAGAUCAUUCGCCGACACGGCGUCCCAUACCACGGAACCGGCCAGAUCCGCCUGCAGCCUCUCAAAAAGUUUGAUGGCCCGCUUCGCAUGGAGUAUGACCGCUACUCGGGUUUGGAUACAUCUGGACCCAAGCACGGCAAAGUGGAUGAGAAGAAUCAGCCCCACGUAGGCGGUAACACUUGGGCAGGUGGGACUGGAGGACGUGACACGGCUGGUCUAGGGGGCAAAGGUGGUCCGUACCGCCUUGAUGCCGGUCACGAUAUUCACCAACUGUCAGACGAAGAAAAGGCCGCCGUACCGGAACACAUCCAGGAAGCCGCUCGCGAGAUGGGUCGCAAAGCAUUUGCAGACCGCCUGCGCGAAAUUGGCAUGAGCGAGCAUGAGGCGGAAGUUUAUCAUCGCUUUGUCGACUCGGUUCGACCGCAAAUUGGCGAGCUUCGUGAGCUCAUUGCAAGUCUUCGCAGCUCGGGCAAAGAAAGAGCGUGGCUGCGUCAUCAAGCUCAUGGCGAUCUUGACGACAACAAACUCAUUGACGGUCUAGCGGGCGAGCAGGCUGUGUAUCGACGCCGUGUGGAGCAAGAAACGGAGCACUUCGGAGAACAGCAGGCGCCUAAACGUGUGACUGUUUUAGCCGACGUCAGCGCAAGCAUGUAUCGGUUCAAUUCAAUGGAUCAGCGGCUGCAACGUGCUAUGGAAUGUGCGUGCAUGCUUAUGGAGGGCAUGCGCGAUGCCAACGAAGAGCGCCUUGCGUGGCAGCUGAUCGGACAUUCUGGAGACAGUGAUUGGAUUCCGUUUGUCACGAACGAAACCAAACCCGCCUCGGAUGCCGACCGUCUCAAGCUCUUGAAGCAAAUGAUGGCACACUCGCAGUUUUGUUGGCCUGGUGACAACACGCUGCCGGCUACGGCCAAGGCCAUCCAACAGCUGGCCUCGGAAGAAGCAGAUGAACGCUUUGUCAUCUUGCUGACCGACGCUAACCUCGAGCGCUACGGCAUCCCUGCGUCUGAAUUGGCUCACAUUCUCAAUUCAGACCCUGACGUGAAGGCCUUCGUUGUGAUGAUUGGCGGGACCCUGCACGACCAAGCCGAGACCCUUCGGCGUGAGCUACCAGCUGGCAAGAGCUUUGUGUGUCUUGAGACGCAGGAUCUACCCAGCAUUCUGCAGCAGAUUUUUAGCACGGUCAUUUAG